AGAGUCAAGCUGCUAGGAAGGCCACUGCAGAACAUAGCUAGCUCAAGAGUGCAGUUCUACAGCAAGUUCUUCCAUCGUCUUUACCAAUUAACACAAUGGCAAUGCCAGUAGUACAAGUGCUUCUUCUUUGCGCAUUAGCUUAUCAAGCAGUCGACGCCCAGUGGACACCAGCCACGGCAACGUUCUACGGCGGCAGCGAUGGCGCUGGUACCAUGGGAGGCGCGUGUGGAUACGGCAACCUGUACAACGCCGGGUACGGGCUGAACAACGCGGCGCUGAGCUCGGCGCUGUUCAACGACGGCGCCAUGUGCGGCGCGUGCUACACCAUCGCCUGCGACACCAGCCAGUCCACGUGGUGCAAGCCCGGCACGUCCAUCACCAUCACGGCCACCAACCUGUGCCCGCCCAACUACGCAAAAAAAAGCGACGCCGGCGGGUGGUGCAACCCGCCUCGCAAGCACUUCGACAUGUCGCAGCCGGCCUGGACCUCCAUCGCCAUCUACCAAGCCGGCAUCGUCCCCGUCAAUUUUAAGAGGGUACCGUGCCAGAAGAGCGGGGGCAUCAGGUUCACCAUAAGCGGGAGGGACUACUUCGAGCUGGUGACGGUGUUCAACGUGGGAGGCAGCGGCGUGGUGGCGCAGGUGUCGAUCAAGGGGUCCAAGACGGACUGGAUGGCGAUGAGCAGGAACUGGGGCCAAAACUGGCAGAGCAACGCCUACCUCAACACCCAGAGCCUGUCGUUCAAGGUGAAGCUCGACGACGCCCGCGAGGUCACGGUGUGGAACAUCGCGCCCUCCAACUGGAACUUCGGCACCACCUACACGUCCAACAUCAACUUCUAGUUUGUUCAACCAAGAAUUUAGUCAGCAUCUUGCUGGGAGCAAAUUAUAUAUAUCUACCUCGAUUAAUUAUUAUAAUUACUAGUAUAUAUAUAUGACUUAAUUAUUAGGACGAAUUGUCAUUAUUGACGAUCGAUGUAUUGUCUAGGACAGAUAUUCGUCGGCUUAUGUAAAGGUAGGCAGAGAGCGAUGUUCUUUUUGGAAAAUCAGUUCUGUUUGCCGGUUUCUACUCUUGAUCCUGCGCUGCAAUAUUACUGCGGUUGUAUUAUACUUGGAUAGAGGCUUGGUAUCUGAGCCCUCUAAGUAAUCAAUUAAUGCAGUAUUUACAUUUAAUAAAUAGAUCCAAAUUACUUUA